CCCAAAAAUAAAAAAAAGUAAAAGACUUUUAUCCUUAAAAAGUAAUCCCAAACGUCCCUCUUCGAACACCGCCGGCAAGCCGGAUUCCUGACUGCACACGCAAGAGCACCUAUGCUUUCCUUCUUCGAAACCACGCAUCACCUACUCCACCGGUUACCUUCAUUCUUCUAUCAGACGUUGGAACAGAAGCAGUCGAAUCCGCAUUCACAUUUGUCGAUAUUUAAAGAACAUAACGAUGUCGUUCGACUUGGAGGAAGAAGAGUCCUUCGAGCACACGUUACUAGUGGUUCGAGAAGUUUCCGUUUUUAAAAUCCCGCCGCGAUCCACCAGCGGCGGUUACAAGUGUGGCGAGUGGCUUCAGUCGGACAAGAUCUGGUCCGGCAGGCUCCGUGUGGUUUCAUGUAAGGAUCGGUGUGAGAUCCGGUUAGAAGAUCCAAAUUCCGGCGAUUUAUUUGCCGCUUGUUUUGUUUACCCUGGGCAGAGGGAGAACGCGGUGGAGUCCGUUCUCGAUUCGUCGAGGUAUUUUGUGUUGAAGAUCGAGGAUGGAACGGGGAAGCACGCGUUUAUAGGGCUAGGGUUUACGGAGAGAAAUGAGGCGUUUGAUUUUAAUGUGGCGUUGUCGGAUCAUGAUAAGUAUGUCAAGAGAGAGAACGAAAAGGAGGAUGGUGAAGCUAGCGAUGCCAAUCAUAUUGAUAUUCAUCCUGCCGUGAACCAUAGAUUAAAGGAAGGUGAAACCAUUCGGAUAAGUGUAAAAAACAAGCCUGCUGGUGGAUCUGGGAUGCUUUCUUCUGCUGGGUUGUCAGGAGGUCCUGCUGGAACUGGAAACAUUAAGCCUCUAAGCAUUGCUCCUCCACCAAGUUCCUCUUCAAGAAUCAGAUCUCCUCUCCCACCCCCACCCAAUGAUCCUGCUGGUGUUCGGAUAACUUCUACAAAAGUUAGCAUCGCUAUUGAAGGAACCAAGGAAACAGCCAGGAUUUCUACGAAUGCUUUCACCGAUUUCUCUCAGCUUGAGAAGAAUCUUCCUGGAUCAACUAAAAGUCAAACAGGUGCAGCUGGAUGGGCAGCAUUUUGAUUCUUUCAACUGUAUACAGUAUACUUGUGGAGUGUUUGAAGAAAGCAACCAAAUGAAUAGGAGGGAGAAAACAGUCAACAGUACACUCCAUUUUUGCUACCAAUAUAUGUUGGUAUGUUUCUUUCAAAUUGCUUCGCCUUUUGAAUGUAUAAUGGAGAAACAAACUAGUUUCAUAUUGUUAUUAUUCAAUCAAUCACACCCUUGCGGUUUUUUGUUGGGUUAAAGUAACUGAAUAGCAACUUACUUUUUACUUGGUC